AUGAACCUUUCAUCCAUUGAUUCGACACUGGAUUAUACUUCACUUGAGCACCCCGCGUUUUCUGGCUACAGCGUCCGCAUCAAAAAGACGGAGUUCUGCGAUCACACUGUCAACGUCUACACCGGAUACUUGGACGUCGAUCAAGGAGCGAAGCAUCUCUUCUUCUAUUUCUUCGAGAGCCGACGCGAUCCUGCCCAAGAUGAUGUGAUGAUGUGGAUCAAUGGAGGUCCCGGUUGCUCUUCGUCCAUGGGACUUCUCAUGGAGCUUGGCCCAUGCAGUGUCGAUAUGAAGAACGUCUCCUCGAAUGGGACGAUCUGGAACCCUCAUUCAUGGAAUAACGAAGCCAACAUAUUCUUUCUUGACCAACCCGUUGGUGUGGGCUUCUCGUACGCCGACCACGGCGAGACGGUCGAGACGACCGAGGACGCGGCACGGAACGUCCAUGCGUUCAUCGCCAUCUUCUUCGAAACGUUCGACCAGUUCAAAGGGAGGCCUCUGCAUCUUGCAGGCGAGUCGUACGGGGGACGGUACCUGCCCGUCUUCGCAGGCGAAAUUUGGGACCGAAAUCGGUUCGCAGAGGAAGAGGGCCGUCCCGCCAUCAACCUCCAGAGUGUCCUCAUCGGGAACGGCAUCACGGACAUCUCGACACUGUAUCCUGGCCGGUAUGAAAUUGAGUGUGGGACGGCUGCUUUGGACGUCCCGUUCCAGUUCAUCUCGAGCUGCGUGAGGAUGAAAAAAGCCCUUCCGCGAUGCGAGAAAGCCAUGGAUGACUAUUGCGUGCAGUCAUUCGACGAGAUGAACUGUCGCGCUGCGGUGAACUUCUGCAAUGAUCAGCUGAGUAUGUGCUUGGGCGACGACCUGUGCUACCUUGAGAAUACCGCCAUCACCGAGUACCUCGACCAGCCUUCUGUCCGAGAGGCCUUGGGCGUGGAGAUCCCGUACGGGUUCGCUCCCUGUUCGAGGGCCGUCGGCCGCGAAUUCGACUUGCACAUGGACAAAUACGCAGUCCCGACGCAGUACUACGUAGCGAACCUGCUCGAGCGCGGCGUCCGCGUCCUCAUCUACGCGGGGACAUACGAUUGGCAGUGCAACUGGGUCGCAAACCGGUUGUGGGUGGACAAGCUGGAGUGGGCCGGGCAGGACGGGUACCGCCGCGCGGCCUGGCGCGACUGGACGGUCGACGGCGCCAAGGCGGGCGAGACGAAGGCGUGGGGCAACCUCACGUUCGCGACGGUGAGAGGGGCGGGACAUAUGGUCCCGCACGAUAAGCCGGCGGAGGCAUUUGCGAUGGUUUCAAGAUGGGUGGCACAUCAGAGUCUCUGAGGGGCAGCGGAUAAGAAGGUUCAUCACAUUUUGUUCAUUUAUUGGAAGGGCCAUCAAUCAAAGAGAUACAGGUGUCGGGUGUGUU